AUACAAACAGACGAUUGUUGAGACCGUCACUCAUUUAUAACAAGCACAAUCAAAACGUUUAAAUCUCAAAAGAAGGCUAUAUAUUAACAUUUUUAGGAAUUUUAAACAGGAAGUUUUUAACAGGAAGUUUUAUUAAACAUUUGAUAUGGGGUUUUAGGACUUGUUGUUAAUAUUAUUUCUUUUUAAAGUAACUUGAAGUAUAUUUGUUAUUUUGAAAGAAAUAAGAUUUGAAGGAAUAUUAGUACUUGAACUUCGCCACAGCCAUCAAAGAAAGUAACAUGACGACGGCAACAGUUCAUCCAUUCUUGACAACAGUCAGUCCAUUAUUAACAACGGUCAAUCCAUUGUUGACAACAGUCGAUCCACAGUUUUGUAACGAAGAUGCAUGGAAUAUAUCUAAAGAUUAUAUUCACUGGUUCUUGAUUCCAGCUGUCGCCAUCAUUCUGUUAUUGUGUUUUAUGGAAAAGAGAAAGGCGCUAAAACCAAACAUAUUGGGAGGACGCCCAGCUGUUGUACGACCGCUUGGAUUUUUGGACGAGCCUUCUAACCGCUGGGGUGUUAUGCUUGCAUUUGGGUCUGUGACCGGAAACAUACUAGCUGUUACAUUGAAAUUGGUCUCAAAAGAGCUAGACUGGCCGAUCUGGGGAAAAAUUUUUAUGGUAUACAUUUUAUGUUUGGAGACUAGUGUUGUAUGUUACCCCUUAUUUGCCUGCAUGACGACACGUCAUAAAUUGGUUGGUGCUAUAGCGGGACUUCUUUAUUCUCUAGGAUGGUUUGCUUUUGAGAUGGUACAAGUUGUCACAGAAGGAAUUUGCUUUGGUUUAAACCAAGUUAACGUUAAUUGGUUGGUCCUUCUCCUUAUGACAGAAUUACCUGUGACAAUUUGUAACGCCUUAGUAGUUUUGAAGUUUUGUUUGAAACUAUUCAAAUGUAUUAGAAAAGGAAUCUACAAGAUUAGUCCAGAGGAACAAGUGAAACUAUGUAGAUCAUUUCACCUAACAUACGUAAAACAUCUUAUGAACCAACAUUUAUUGAACAACAUGAGUGAAAGUAUUACAUGGACACAAAGGAUACAUCGCAAAAUACUACGACCUGUACCAGGAUUUAGGUUUCCAAUUGGUGUCAUGAUAACAAUAUUUAUGUCCGGUUUGCUCCUAUAUAGCGUAAGUAGUUUUGUAUCGCGUGUUACUUUAAAUAGCGGUGUUCAAGGGGACUUUCGGAAUUAACGAAAUUUACACUACAAGUCUUUUUU